UUCACAUGCGAUCCUCUCACUGGUGACGAACGCAAUGUUAUAAUAACCGGUAAUUACGGUAUCGGCGAGAGUGUGGUGUCGGCCGCCGCAGAACCCGACACAAUCAGACUUAACGUCAACAUUGAGGCCAAUUCGCUGAUUAACAAGAGAUCAAUUGCUGAUAUUCAGAGCAUAGAUAUUGGAUCGAAAUUAAAGUCAAUUAUAUUGAAUGAUAACAACGAGAGCGGAACCAUUGAAGUGAAUACAGUGCACAGCAAUGAGUGCUGUUUGACUGAAUCCCAGUGCAAAUCGUUGGGCGAAGUGUCGCUAGAAGUGCACCGAUUUUACGGCAACCCUCGGGAUAUUGAAUGGGGAAUAAUAGGCGACAAAAUCUAUUUGCUUCAAUCGCGUCCCAUAACUAAUCUAAACAAUUGGUCGGAUUGGGAGGCAAUGCAUGAAAUGGAUUCCGGACAGCAAUCGGAGAGCGAAUACUACUCGAGGGCUAAUUUGGACAUUGGCGUCAAAGACGUGGACUGGGAGUACACCGAAGACCACUCCAAGUGGGGCAUCACCACCGACGACAAGGGCACAGCCUAUACAUGCAUUGCAGACAUUAAUCGUAUGAAAUCUCAGUUCAAGAGAGGCGGCGGUUCCCUGUGUUUCGCUGACGAGAAAGUGUGGCACAUAUUCAAGAAGUCGGUCGAAGGCAUCGAAGGCUGUCACGCAAAGAGCGGUUCCAGUCAUAAGAAAGAUUCUCACCAUAAGAGCGGUUCCCACCAUAAGAGCGGUUCCCACCAUAAGAGCGGUUCCCACCAUAAGAGCGGUUCCCACCACGAGAGAGGUUAUUAG